CUUUAUAUAAUCUCGAAUGGAAGACAGCAAGUGCCCUGUCAAAAUAUUUUUUAAGAAAAAUCACCAAAAAUGGAAAAAAGGCAUCAAUAGUGAUCAGUUUUUAUUUUCAUUAUUACCUAUCAGCAAAGAAAAAUGCUAAAAGGAGCAGUUGACCUCACACAGACUGGUGUGGAAAGGCCAUCUUCACCAGCUAGGCUUGCUUAUACAUCAGACAAACACCCUAAACAUACUCUAGAAGCUAUCAAUGUUCUUAGAAAACACAGAGAAUUAUGUGAUGUUGUGCUGAUUGUUGGUCAAAGAAAAAUCUUUGCGCAUAGGGUGAUUUUAUCAGCGUGUAGUCCAUACUUCCAUGCAAUGUUUACUGGAGAAUUGGCUGAGAGUCGACAAACUGAAGUUACAAUCAGAGACAUUGAUGAAAAUGCAAUGGAAUUAUUAAUAGAUUUUUGUUACAUGUCAAAUAUUACCGUAGAAGAGAGUAAUGUUCAGACUUUAUUGCCUGCAGCUUGUUUGCUGCAGUUGGCAGAAAUACAGGACGUUUGCUGUGAAUUUCUUAAAAGACAACUUGAUCCAUCAAACUGUUUAGGAAUUAGAGCUUUCGCAGAUACACAUGCAUGUAGGGAUUUGUUAAGAAUUGCAGAUAAGUUUACUCAACACAAUUUCCAAGAGGUUAUGGAGAGUGAGGAGUUUAUGUUACUUCCUAUCAACCAACUUGUAGACAUUAUAUCUAGUGAUGAACUCAAUGUACGUACAGAGGAACAAGUUUAUAUGGCAGUCAUGGGCUGGGUGAAAUAUAAUAUACAAGAACGAAGAGAACAUUUACCAUCUGUUUUACAACAUGUACGUCUCCCAUUAAUGAGUCCGAAGUUUCUGGUGGGUACUGUAGGCUCAGACUUGUUGAUCAAGAGUGAUGAUGCGUGCAGGGACCUGGUUGAUGAAGCUAAGAACUACCUCCUUCUACCACAAGAACGGCCUCUAAUGCAAGGACCUAGAACUCGAGCUAGGAAACCUAUCAGAUGUGGAGAGGUCUUGUUUGCUGUUGGAGGAUGGUGUAGUGGUGAUGCAAUAUCUAGUGUGGAGAGAUAUGAUCCUCAGACAGGAGAAUGGCGUAUGGUUGCACCAAUGUGUAAGCGGCGCUGUGGAGUUGGUGUCGCAGUUCUAAAUGACCUGUUGUACGCAGUGGGUGGUCAUGAUGGUCAAUCAUAUUUAAAUAGUAUUGAAAGGUUUGAUCCCCAGACAAAUCAGUGGAGUAGUGAUGUUGCUCCAACAAGCUCAUGUCGUACCAGUGUUGGUGUAGCCGUUCUAGAUAACUACAUGUAUGCUGUCGGUGGGCAAGAUGGUGUCUCAUGUUUAAAUUUUGUUGAAAGAUAUGAUCCACAAUUGAACAAAUGGACUAAAGUGGCAUCAAUGAGUACACGUCGGCUAGGAGUGGGUGUGGCUGUUUUAGGUGGAUAUUUAUAUGCUGUCGGGGGCAGUGACGGUACUUCACCACUCAAUACAGUGGAAAGGUAUGACCCAAGAACUAAUAGAUGGACACCAGUCUCACCAAUGGGUACACGUAGAAAACACCUGGGCGUGGCCGUAUAUAAUAGCAUGAUAUAUGCCGUAGGUGGUAGAGAUGAUACAACAGAAUUAAGUAGUGCUGAAAGAUAUAAUCCUCAAACCAAUAGCUGGCAACCUGUAGUUGCCAUGACGUCUAGGAGAAGUGGGGUUGGACUUGCUGUAGUUAACGGACAAUUAAUGGCAAUAGGCGGUUUUGAUGGAACUACUUACUUAAAGACAAUAGAACAGUAUGAUCCUGAAAAUAACUGUUGGAAAUUAUGUGGUGGCAUGAACUAUAGACGUUUAGGUGGAGGUGUGGGUGUUGUUAGAAUGCCACAACAUGAGACUCACUUGUGGUGAAACAAUCAAAUUGUUUUUUGUAUUGGGUUAAAAAGAGAGAUAGUGCUUUAGUCGGGAAGAAAAAGAAAAACAAUUAAUAGCGGUACAAUUGUGACAGAUGACUUCCAGAACAAAGCAAGGAUUUGUGGGAAUUGAACUUUUCCAGGAUAGAAACUGAAAAUUUAUUUAAAAUAUGGAUAUAUUUAUGAAAAUUUUGGGACUUAUAAUAAGUUAUUCCAAAAUGUUCCAGUGAAAGUAAUGUUUUAUUUUCAUGGAAGAGGACAGAGUGAUUUUUAUUGUAGACCGACAAAAUCUGAUGUAUGUGAUAGAAGAAAACUUUUGAGUUUUGUCUAGGUACAAACUGUAUGGUGUAGAUAGUAAGGAUCAACUUCUGUAACAUACAGAACAGUUCAGUCUUUGAGAAUUGUUUGUUUUUUGUUCAGUGACAUUUUACAAUGUUUUUAUCUUAAUGCCAUAGGGACGACCUUUAAUACAAGGACCUAGAAACUUAGAGCAGAUUUAUAAAAAGACUUUAUCUUAAAUGGCUUAGCUUAGAAGACAUUUUUAUUAGAGUGAGACUUUUUGUCCCUUCAGUUCAUUUGUGUCAUUCCUUACCUGUUUCACAAGUAGUAAUUCAUUAUGAAAAUUUGCUUAAAUUCAGCUACUGAAAGAUUAUGGGCAGAAAAGCUUAUGUUUGAAAUGAAGAGAGCUUAGAUGAAAGAAAAGUUUGCUGAGGAAAUGUGAACAUAUUAAGAAUAAUUUAUUAUUAUCAGUUUUCACGUCAUUUUGUUUCAAUUUUCCUGUUUUCCCCAUUGAUGUAAAUGGAGUGAAACAUGUAUGAUUUUUCAUAUACAAUUGUAGAUUUGCUUUAUUUUUAAAAUGAGCUUGUGUCUAAAAACUUGUUAACUGCCAUUAAUUCUUUGAUCUGAGUUUUCCAUUUGUAAAUACCCAAAUUUUCUUCCUGUCAUACUAAUCGAAAGUGCAAUAGUUUCUUCCCAUUUAACUAUGCUAGAUUUUCUAUAUAAUGGACUGGCCUGGCUUUGGAUUGGCAAUAUUUUCAAGUAGAUAAGAGGGUCUUGUUGACCAACUGUUAGAAUUAAAGCAGGCAUUAGUAUAGAGCUUUGACAAACUGCCCGGGCUGACAUCAAUGUCUAUAUGAGUGGCAGAGGCUAGGCACGUCCAUUUCAACUUCAGCAUUCAACCCAUUUAAAAUCUUUAGUCAUAAAUUGUAUUUAUCUUGUGAUGUUAUAGCAAGACACAUGUACAGUAUUCUUUAUAAUAUGUUGUCAGGUACACUGUUUUCUGUACAAUUUUCUCACAUGUAUUGAAUUUGUUUACAGUAUAACCAAUAGGAAAAUAAUGAAAGUUAAAAACAUCCAAAAUAAUGCAAUAGCUUUGCUUGAUUAUUAAUGUGGAAUGUGGGAGCGUCUGUGACCUAUGGAUACAUUUCUAUUUAAUUGGUAAAUACUGGUUAGUUUUCAAGGAAAACUGGUUAGGUGGACUGCCAAGAUAAUUAUGACCAAAAUCAAGAUAUAAAUCUGUGUAAAAACCAAACAAAUGUAAAGUUAAGACUAGCAUCUUGUAGGUGAGCUUUAGUAUAUAAUAUUUACUAAGUAUUAUCUUAUUCCAUUUUGAAGUGCAGUCAAAACAUACAUGAUUUGGUUUACAAAAUUUAAGAAAAGGGAAAUUUCAAUGCAAUUUAAUUUUUAAACUUUUUAUUAUGUUUAUUCAGGCAUACAUUAUUUAUUCAGGCAUACAUUAAUGAUUGUUUACAAAUUAUUUUCAUUUAAGAAUUACUUGGAUUGAAUCAAAAGCUAGUCCUACUUUUUUAACUGGUCAGUUGGAUCGUAAUUUCUUGAAGAUGAUGGUCAUGUUAAUUUUGGGAUAAAUGAAAACAUUAUAUAUUUCUCAUAUAGGUAUGUAAAUAUAUCCAUUUAUUACCAUAAUUCUUGUUUAUUUUAAUAAUGUAUGAAUUUACUUUAAAAGUAGAUUUUCCAUGUAUGAUGAAAGUUGCACUUUUAUGUUAUAUUAUUUUAUAAUGCCCAUUAUUUGUGAUAAAUAUUCUUCCUUUGUGGUCAGAAAAUUGUUAACAUAUGUAUGUGUUUUUAAAGAGUAAAAUAUUCUCCAAGUUAUAUAGAA